AUGGCCUCAAUUGCCCGCAUCUACCGAGUCUCGUCUCUCACACGACCACUCCUCCGAGACACUUGUCGAAUAGCUGUCCCACAAAACCACCGACAGUGGCAACGAGUCCGCUGGAGCUCGCAUGCCCCGUCAUCCCCGGCUAUGCUGGCUCGAGGCCAGAAGCCGGUCACGAUCCAAUCCCUCCAGAAGAUGUAUGCUGAGGACCAGCCCAUCACCAUGUUGACGGCACACAAUUUCCCCUCGGCUCUGAUGGCGCAAGAAGCUGGAAUGGAUAUGAUCUUGGUGGGCGACUCUCUUGCAAUGGUGUCCCUCGGCAUGCAAGACACUUCCGAGGUCACCCUCGACGAAAUGAUCGUGUCCGCACGCGCUGUCAGUCGAGCAGUAACUCGGUCCUUCACCGUCGGCGAUCUUCCCAUGGGUUCAUACGAGCUCAGCCCUGAACAAGCACUAGCCAGCGCGAUUCGGAUGGUCAAAGAAGGGCGUAUGCAGAGUGUCAAACUUGAAGGAGGAGCAGAGAUGGCGCCUGCAAUCAAGAAGAUCACGACUGCCGGAAUUCCAUUGUGUGCACACAUCGGCCUUACCCCGCAACGCCAGCAUGCUCUUGGAGGAUUCCGCGUCCAAGGUAAUACACUCGACAAAGCCAUGUCGCUCCUCAAAGAUGCCAAAGCUGUGGAAGAAGCAGGAGCGUUCAUGGUCGUCUUGGAAUGUGUUCCCCCCGAUAUCGCCGAAGAAGUCACCAAGGUCCUAAGAAUACCAACCAUCGGCAUCGGUGCAGGGAACAAGACAAGUGGCCAGGUUCUCGUGCAAAUCGAUAUGCUUGGCGUCCGUCCGCCCGAUAGCUUCAUGCCCAAGUUCGUCAAGAAAUAUGGGUCGAUAUGGGAAGCUGGAUUGGAUGCCAUUAAGCAGUACAAGGAUGAGGUCAGCGACCGAAGCUAUCCGGGUCCUUCGCACGUGUACAAAGGUGAUGCAAAGGUUACAGCGGCGUUCAAGGCGGCCAUUCAAUCUGAUGAGACGCAAAAGGCUUGA